CCGGACCCGAUUGGAUUGUCUCGCCUCCUGCCAUUCCUGUCCUCCCUCCCCCCUCCCUCUUCCCUUCCUCCCUCGCCCCCCCCCUCCCCUUUUGCCUCUGUCCUCUCCCGGAAGCCGUGCCACCAUGUCCUUCGGUCAGUUCCUCCGUUAUCACUCGACCAACACCCCGCACCUGAUCGUGUCCAUCUUCCUGUGCACUGUUGGCGCUGCCCUCCCCGUCUUCUCUCGUCCUCUGGUUGAGAAGUACAACUUCCUGCCGCGCCCGCACUACCCCACCAGCUUCUUCGAGUCGGUGGCCGCUGCCCCCCCCAUGCCGCCCAAGGCCGAGUAAACACGCGUCUGCUCAACCGCCAGUCUGUCUAUGCCACCAGUCUGCUUCUUCUCUCACCCAGAUUCUCACAUCGCGCGCGUCUGCAUGGCUGCCUUCCCACCCUCCUAGAGAAGCGGCUUGCUGCGCUUUGGCCCCUCUUUUCCGGGGGAGCCCUUCGCGUCCCCUUUUGUCCUCCAAUGCCUCAGAAAUAAACACCUCGCCCCGAAAGAGAGCAACCAAGGGAGAGAGCUGGAGCGAGAGAGAGAGAGAGAGA